CCGAAACGCCGUCCCCAUCUACUGCAGUACAUCGACGGUCCAUGAGCCACUGCACGGACUCGUCGCCAUUGAAACCAGCUGUGUCUCCGUCGAAGUCAGUCUCGUUCGAGAGCAAUGGUCCCCAGCAGCAGCACCACCGUCGGUCCACGACUCCAUCCAGUGACCUCACCAUGAGCGAGCUGGAGGCAGCAGAACGCCAAAGGAACCAACCGCCGCCCCAGCCCGACCAAACUCCCAAGAAAGCAGCAGACCCGGCCGUGAUCGACGUCGACAGCCACCCCCUUCUCGCCAACCUCAAAGUCGACGGCAAAGAAGUUGGCGCGUACAUGCUGUGCAAGUUUGCCGACGACGUGCUGGGCCACCGCGCGCGUCAGAUCUUUCGCGAAAAGGCGAGUUCAAUCAAGGGCCAGAACGGCAUUUACUACUACCUGAAAGACUUGAUGCUCAAGUUCAGCCACGACGACGACAACUCGACGAGUAGUACUAAUGGGGGAGCCAAGAAGAAGCCGCCACCAACAAGGAAAAAGGAUGAGGACGACAAUGUGGGGCUGGAAGAACAUCAGUUCCGCAAACUCAUGGCGAGCGACCCUGCGUUCGAGUGUUUGGUGGCGCAGGAAGACACGACGAUGUUGUUUCAGCGCAUCGUCAACAGCGCCACCAAGUCUACCAUGUCACACAUGGAUUUCGUCGAGUUUUGUCUGCUGGAUCGCAUGCAACUGCUCAUUCUCCUGUGCAAGUACUGGAAAUCAUUGCGCAAGUGCAAACUCACCGACAAUGAACUCCUCGACAUGUAUCGUCGCAUGACUGUCCAAGGGUCGAAUGAGUCUCAGAUGGCCGGCGAGUUGUUUGGGGCCGCCCUCGCGCGAGAGUUUGACGUCGUGCUCACUGUUGGCGAAAUUCAAGUGAUGAUGGAUUUGAUGGAUUACGAUGGCGACGGCAUCGUCAAGCCAGCAGAUUUUGAAACGUUUUACAAGGACACUGAUCGCGCGCAACAGCUCACGGAACUCAAACAACCCGAUGCGAUCGUGGACCUCAAGUACUCGACCAACGACAAUGACGCGGCCGAACUAAAGCGCGAGGGAUACAUUUUAUACCCCAAGAACAUCUACGAAGGCCACGGAACUCUCUAUUUCUGGUACAAACGUGCGCGGCGGGACAGCGGCAAGCCGGCGAUCGAAGCGAUUCAGUACGCUCCGACCAACAUGGACACGGCGCUGGUGGCGCAGGGUUUUGUCUGUAUGAACGGUUCAAAGGCGUUUGCCAAGAAGUUUGUCUGGAUCAAGCACACUAACCAACAAGCAAGGAGCAACUUUCACGCCCAAGAGCUCGGCGAUAUUUUCAUCACGUCCGGUCACACUGCAGAUGAGAAAUCUGCGACGCUGUGGAUGCCCCCCUGUCGCGGGUACAAGCAAAUUGAAGGCACGUUAGACGACACAAACAAACUGACGGCGCGGUGGACGACCGGCCGGCGCGGGGUGUUUCUAUGGGUUCGAUAUAUGAACGAAGCGCAGGACGUCCUCGAGUUCAAGCCGCCGCCGUCCCCCACUGCCAACGGAGUGGUGUCGGCUUCAGUGUGGUCCAAGAUCGACGAGCUCGAAGGCCAGAUCCGGCAGACGCUGCGCCGGCGAUGCCCCGCCGAGGCGGACGGCGUCCUGAACUUUCUCAAAUUGUUUCAGAGUUUGGACAAGAAGAACCGCAAACUGCUGAGCGCGACCAAACUCAAGCUUGGGUUGGUGGCUUUGGGUUGUAAAAUGGAUGUUCGCUUGUAUGCCGAAGUAUGGAAACGAGUGGACGUGAUGGCGGCCAAGCGCGUGGAUUUCGACGCGUUCCAGCGCUUUGUGCUCAUGACGGACACGGAAGUGGAUGAUGCGACCGAGAGCCUCCAGCGCCAUGUCACCAAGGGGUCGUCCAACUAUCGGUCUAUUUUCAAAACGCACAACGCUGCGGGCGAUGGCACGUUGAGUCGGAACGAUUUUCUGCGCAUGUUGGCAUCGGCGCAAGUCCUCGUUGCCCCUGAAGAAUUGGUUAAAAUCACACAACGGUUCGACGUCAAUCGCGACAACGUGGUGGACUAUGCCGACUUUUUGAAGUUCGUGACGGGUGUGUGUGACAUUCACUCGCGGCAGGCGGCGCGCGUGGCCGAGGCGGCUGCGGCCUUCCAAGGCUGGGCCAUUGAGCAUCAAAACCAAAAGUUGGCAAAGGACGGCAACAUCGACUCGUCGGCGUCGUGGCGGCUUGUGAAAUCGGCGGGGGAUGUGCUUCGAGUGCCCAUGAUCGACAAGAUCCUGCGCCAAAAGCACUGGCGGUUAAAUCCAUGGGAAAUGAAAAGUCUGUGCGUGUUGAUGUCACCGACGGCCGCCAAAGUCGGCGAAAUCGCGCGGAAUGCUUACCAUGCGUUUGUAAACCACAACCCCAAGAAAAUUGCCAACUUGGUCGUGGCUGGGCGAAAAGUGGUCGGCAACUUACCCGACAACAACACCCCCGACGCUGUCUUCAACCAGCUCAAUACUCUGGGCCACGGCAAACUGACGUUAUCGAGUUUGCACCAGGAGUUCAACGCCAUGGCCCUCGACAAGAGCAUCCCGUCUAUGGAUAUCAAGGACUUUGUCUACUUGGUGCAGCACACGGGGGCCGACUGUGGCGGCGAUGGCCUGGUGAUUCUCGAUCGGUUCCUGGCAUGUCUUCGCGAUUGCACCGAGCGGCGCAGCAUGAAGCACGGGUUUCUCACUCCGUACGACAGCCCCCAGUUUGCCAAGGGCGUGCUGACGCUCGUGGCAGAACUCAAGCGAAGCGCCAAGACGCUGGACGGCAAGUACGACUACAGCAUUCCGUUCAAGCUGUUGGAUAAGGACAAUUGCCAAUCGAUCCGACUGUGUGAGUUUGAGACAGCCAUGCGGGAGCUCGGGCUCGGGCAGUACCUCAAUGACCAGGAAAUCAAAAGCGUGGUGCGGCGGUUCCACGUCGACAAUGGCGGGGGGAUUGAUUUCGAAGAGUUUUGUCGGUUCCUGACCACCCCCACCGACCACGGGGACCAUGCCAACGUGGGGGCGUUGAACCAGCCGAAGGUGGUCGCGGCCAUCACCGAGGCUUUCGUGCAGCUGCCCCCGUACGGCGUGCUGUCGUUUGCCAAUAUGAUCAAGCGCAUGUGCUCGAUGGCAGACAAGGAUGGCUCGGGGAGUGUGACUGCGACGAAAUUUGCCCAAGUGUUUGAUACGCUAGACAUUGCACUCCCCCGCGCGAGCAAGACGGACCACCAUCCGUUGUUGAUCCAGUUGCUUUGCGACAAGGACGAGAACGUGCCGUACGGGGUGUUUUGCGACCUGUAUGUGGCCGCCAUGUCGCCGCCCCCCGCGCCCACAAAGCAGAGCGAAGUCGACAAGGAGAGUCACAAGGUGCUUACGGAGGCGUUUACCGAGAUGCAAAAGAUGAUGGUGCAAAAAGGAGUAGAGUUCGACUACAAGAGCGCGUUCAGUUUGAUUGACAAGGGGGUCAUCACGCCCCCUAAUUUAAACGAAGUGUUGUGGGCUGCGGGGGUGCGGUACCCGUUCUCCCCCGAGGAACUGACGGUGCUGCAUCGGGCGUUCCUGAAAGAAACUGGUUCAUUUGACGCUGACAAGUUCUGCGAUUUUGCGGUCAGGGGCCCCGUCGUGUGCACGAAAGUGGCGGACGAAGCGAACAGCAAGGUGGACGCUGUGAUUGCUCAUUUGCAAGCCAGCAUCAAACAGCUAGUGUCCAACGACAAGGACGCAACCAAAUUUCACAAACUAUUUCUCGAUUUUGACGGCAACAACGACGGCACCAUCUCCACGACCGAGUUCCUCCACAUAUUGGACCACAUGGGGCUGUCCAAGGGGCUCACCCCUGCUGAAACGGACGCGAUAUUGCACUUCUUUGACGUCAACGGCGACCAUGCAAUCGACUAUACUGAAUUUUUUCAUUUUGCCAACCACGCCGACGUUAUGCUGCAAGCCAACGUGAAUGCAUCGAAAGGAGCUGUCGCUGUGAAUGCAUCCCCUCCAAAAGCCACCGCGGGGUCCGCCCCAUCGAGCCCGCCCAAAGCGACGGGGAGUGCCCCGCCGAGUCCGUCGAAAUCAGUCACGUCGACUUCAAAGUCACCGAGCAAAAACAACAUCUUGGCGCUGCAACAUCCAAACGGUCAAUUCACGGGACUCGGCAAACAAUUGUGUCGACUGGCGUCGUUGGAUCAAACGGCAAGGGGACGUGGGGGGUUUGCCUUUGCAAAGUACUUUGAAAAGUACAAGGCCCGCCACGACCCAAACGUUGUCGCAUGCAAGAAAUUUCGGCUCAUUUUGGACAAAUUCCUUGACACCGUCGCAGCAGACCACAGCGGAACCAGCAAGCAAGUCGCGCACGACGUCGCUCGCCUCGACAUGACCGUGAUUGAAAAGCAGUACGUCGUUCGGGAAACCGGCAUGGUCAAGUACCCGCUGUUCCUCCGAGAUGUGCACACGGCGAUGCAGCUGGAUGCGCGGCGCGCCGCCUGGAGCGACGACGACGACCAGGAUGACCUGGAUGACGACGACGAUCUCUCGCUCAGCGACUCGAACAUUUCCGAGAGCGGGAGCAGUAGCGAUGAUAGUCGUGAUGACGCGGCAGUGUCAGCUGCAGCGUUGGGCAGUCUCCUGGACCGAUUGCUUAUCAAAGCCAACUGGUCGACGUCGAAAUGCUCCAAGUGUAUGCGCCACCUCGACGAGUGGUUUCCCCCUCGAGCAUCGUCGCGUUCACGGCCAAAGCCGUUCAUGGCCAAACUACGGGAUACAGUAGCGUUGCCGUGGAGACAGUCGGACUUGCAAGCCGUCGCCGCCGCCUGCCGAAGCCGCCCGCACCGCCGCGUCGACCCAUCCAUGUUUGUGCUGGCCAUGCGGGAAGCGUUGGCACGGUAUGGGGGGUUAAGCAAUCAGAACAGUACGAGCCCCAACAGCAACAUCAACAACAAUGGGGGGUUGAAGCCUCUUAUGGCCAAAAUCUACCAUGUGUUUCUACAAGCCGCACAACGCAACAUCAACGGACGACAGCUUCUGGAACGAUGUGACGGUCGCGGCAGUGGGGCUAUCUCAUGGUCCGAGUUUUCGACUGUGCUGCGACUCAUGGACUGCGACUUGAGUGUGUCCGAGCUCAGUGGGAUCCAGCAAGCUCUGCAGUCGCCAUCUUCAUGUCCAUACAAGUCAUUCUUCACGCUGCUUGAGACGUAUGGCAGUAUCUCGUCGUCGUCGUCGCUUGUGGUUGCGAGCCCCCGGCGCCAUGAACUGGCCCCUCCAAUGACCUCCCCCCCCCACCACCUCCAUCAUCACGCCCUCCCCGCUUCGUCGGUGCAUGUCGCGCUGCCGCCAUCGUACGCCGCCCCCAACGUGUACCCCACCCGCGGCAUUGAGCAGGAAUUGCAGGCCAUCUUCCUGGACGCACUUCGAUCCGUCGAUUCGGCGGCGCUUGUAGCAGCUUUCCGGGCGUAUGACAUCAAGGGAUGUGGGUUCAUCAGCCUCGACGGGUUCCACUCGGCCAUGCGACAAGGUGGCAUCUUCCUCUCGCCCGACAUUUACGCGAAAAUCGCGGCCCAGUUCGCCGCGCGGUUCAGUCCGGACGGCGUCGACUACGUUUCAUUUUGCCACGUCAUGGGCCUCCCAAUGAACCACCCCCCUUUUGUGAAUGGAAACCCCCGCAAAGUAACCCCGCUCCAACUUCCUGACCAGAGGGGGGGGAGUGGAGGGGGGAUCACCCCCACGGCAGUCGAGUCGUGGCUGCAGCAUGGCGCGUCUGAUGACGACAAGCGCCAGUUUAACGACAUGUACAACGCCAUCUUUGACUACAAAAGCAAGCAACAAGCUAGUGCUGCCCAGGUGCUACCGUCCUCUCGUGUGCCGCCAAUGACGCCAAGAGCCGACAUGUGGAGUUGCGCGGUAUGCUUUCACUCGCAAAGCCAAGCCAGGUCCACGUGUGAGAUCUGCGCAUCCAAGAACCCGUCGCCUCCCUCCCCCAAUCCCAACAGUGGCGGCCAUGGAGAUUUUGAAGUGGCGCUGCAGUGCUCUGUCUGUGCUUUCCGCAACAAAGCCACGUCAUCGAUCUGUAGCUUGUGUCAAACCCCCCUGCGUCUAAACCAUCCAGCAUCUUCGUCUACCAGACUCACAACCGCCGCCGGAGAUGGUUGGCUUACAUAGCACAUCGACGUACGUAAGUUGAUUGAAUACAAUCAUGUAGUUAUCAGCUGUACAA